CGCCCGGAUCCCCCCCACUGGCCGCCCGGGGCACCGGUUAUUUAAAGGCGCGCCGGCUCCAAGCUGUCGCGGUCCGGGGGCCUGGUCUGCGCAGCGCGUCGGCAUGGCGAACCACAUCGUGCUCUCCAGCGGCGCCAGGAUGCCCCUCGUGGGGCUGGGCACUUGGAAGUCCUCUCCGGGCAGAGUGGCGGAGGCUGUGAAGGUGGCCAUUGACGUUGGGUACCGCCACAUUGACUGUGCCCAUGUGUACCAGAACGAGAACGAGGUGGGGAUGGCCCUUCAGGAGAAGAUCAAGGAGCAGGUGGUGAAGCGUGAGGACCUCUUCAUCGUCAGCAAGCUGUGGUCCACGUACCAUGAGAAGAACCUGGUGAAAGGAGCCUGCAAGAAGACGCUCAGCGACCUGAAGCUGGACUACCUGGACCUCUACCUUAUCCACUGGCCCAUCAGUUUCAAGCCCGGGAACGAAUUUUUCCCGUUGGAUGCAAAAGGCAACGUGAUUCCCUCUGACGCCGAUUUUGUGGACACAUGGGAGGCCAUGGAAGAGCUGGUGGACGAGGGGCUGGUGAAAUCCAUUGGGAUCUCCAACUUCAACCAUCUCCAGAUCGAGAAGCUCUUAAACAAACCUGGCUUAAAGCAUAAGCCGGUGGUUAACCAGAUCGAGUGCCACCCGUACCUCACUCAGGAGAAGCUGAUCCAGUAUUGCCAGUCCAAAGGCAUUGUGGUGACGGCCUACAGCCCCCUCGGCUCUCCCGACAGGCCCUGGGCCAAGCCCGAGGACCCUUCCCUGCUGGAUGACCCCAGGAUCAAAGCCAUAGCUGACAAGUACAAUAAAACCACAGCCCAGGUUCUGAUCCGGUUCCCCAUGCAGAGGAAUUUGGUCGUGAUCCCCAAGUCUGUGACCCCUGAACGCAUCACCGAGAACUUUCAGGUCUUUGACUUUGAGCUGAGCAGCGAGGAUAUGGCCACCUUACUGAGCUACAACAGGAACUGGCGGGUCUGUGCCUUGGUGAGCUGUGCCACCCACCAGAAUUAUCCCUUCCAUGAAGAGUUUUGAAGCUGUGGGUGCCUGCUCUUCCCCAGGCCACCUGCCGCCAUUUCCUGCCUUGUUCUUCCUUCUUCGCGUACGUAGUGUAGUGUGGCCAUGUCCCUCACCACAGGGCAGUCACCUGCGGUUGCCCAGCCAGGGUGUGGCCAGCCUGGCAUUGGGGCCAACGAGCAGUCUCAGUAGAUUGGAGUCUCUUCCCGUUUUCUUUGCCCUUCGUGUCUGGGGAAGAUAGAACCUCCAUGCCCUUUCCUGACUAAGUUGAAUCUACAAAGUGAAAAUUAGUGCCACUAACAAUGGGAUUUUGGUUGCUUGGAACUGUAGUCCUUUCAGCCAGACUUCUUGCUCAAAUAAAAAGAACUUUUGUGAGCUUGA